GCCGCGGCGCAAAGCGUUCUGGGGCUCGUGGUUCGCGGGGUCCGUAGGGAACUUGAUGUCGCUGGUUCAGAUCUCGCAGAGCUCAGGGUCCUGCACGCCUGUCCUCGUCUCGCUCCUCCUCGCGGAGAAUUCUGGGAGGUGACGUCGCGGGUCUCGGUCGCGGGGUCCUUGUGCAGACCCAGCGGCGCCGGGAGGAUUUUGUUCUUCUUCAGAAGAGAAAACUGAAGAAGGAGGAAUGGCUGUGGGACUUUGUAAAGCCAUGUCCCAGGGGUUGGUGACCUUCAGAGAUGUAGCACUAGACUUUUCCCAAGAAGAGUGGGAAUGGCUGAAGCCAUCUCAGAAGGAUUUAUACAGAGAUGUCAUGUUGGAGAACUACAGGAACUUGGUAUGGCUUGGACUCUCCUUUUCUAAGCCCAACAUGAUCUCCUUACUGGAGCAAGGGAAGGAACCAUGGAUGGUGGAGAGAAAGAUGUCACAGGGUCACUGUGCAGGCUGGGCUACAGAGCAAGACCCUGUCUCAAAAAAAAUAAAGAAAAAAAGAAAAGAAAAGAAAUUUGUACCUCAAAGUGAAAUUACUGGAACAUGGAAGUACUGGGAGUCUUGGUGUGACGUCAAGGAAUUAUCUCCAAAAUGGUUCACUGAGGAAGAUGAAAUAUCCCAGGAGGUGGUCAUGGAAAGGCUAGCAAGUCAUGGCCUUGACUGCUGCCGUUUCAGAGAAGCCCGGAAAUACAACGGUGGGUUUGAGCUACAUCAGGGAAAUGAGGAGAAGCAUUUCACGCCAGUGAUAGCAGUGAAGGAAAUCUCUACUGGGGAAAGAGACGAAGAAUAUAGUAAUUCUGGGAGAAGCACACCCCUGAAAUCGGUAUUUUUAAGACAACAGGAAGUUCCUACCAUACAGCAAGUACAUAAAUUUGAUAUUUAUGAUAAAAUCUUUUCCCAAAAUUCAGUCAUAAUUGAAUAUAAAAGCCUCUGUGCUGAGAAGAAAUCUUUGAUAGGUAAUGAAUGUGAAGAAUUCAACCAGAGUACAUACUCUGGUUUUAAAGAUAUAGGAAUUCCUGUUAGUGAGAAACCUUAUGAAAGUAAUGAUUUUUCAAAUCUCUUAAGUUUCCACUCAUUGCUUACUCAACAUCAGACCACUCAUUUUGGAAAAUUACCCCAUGGAUAUGGUGACUGUGGUGAGGCCUUUAGCUGUUACUCGUUCUUUACUCAACCUCAGAGAAUUCACAGUGGAGAGAAACCAUGUACAUGCAACGACUGUGGCAAAGCAUUUAGCCAUCACUUCUUUCUCAGUGACCAUCAAAGAACUCAUAUCGGGGAGAAACCUUAUGAGUGUAAGGAAUGUAACAAAGCCUUCAGACAGAGUGCACACCUUGCCCAACAUCAGAGGAUCCACACUGGAGAGAAACCGUUUGCGUGCAAUGAAUGUGGGAAGGCCUUUAGCCGUUAUGCCUUCCUUGUUGAACAUCAGAGAAUUCACACAGGUGAGAAACCAUAUGAAUGUAAGGAAUGUAACAAAGCCUUCCGACAGAGUGCACACCUCAACCAACAUCAGAGGAUUCACACCGGAGAGAAACCCUAUGAAUGCAGUCAAUGUGGAAAAGCCUUCAGCAGACGCAUAGCCCUUACUCUGCAUCAGAGAAUUCACACAGGAGAGAAACCUUUCAAAUGUAGUGAAUGUGGGAAGACCUUUGGCUAUCGCUCGCACCUGAAUCAACAUCAGAGAAUUCAUACCGGAGAAAAGCCCUAUGAGUGCAUCAAAUGUGGGAAGUUUUUUAGGACUGACUCACAGCUGAAUCGGCAUAAUAGAAUUCAUACUGGAGAGAGACCAUUUGAAUGCAAUAAAUGUGGGAAAGCCUUCAGCGAUGCUUUAGUUCUAAUUCACCACAAGAGAAGUCAUGCAGGAGAGAAGCCCUAUGAAUGUAACAAAUGUGGGAAGGCUUUCAGCUGUGGCUCUUAUCUCAAUCACCAUCAGAGAAUUCAUACUGGAGAGAAACCCUAUGAAUGUAAUGAAUGUGGGAAGGCUUUUCAUCAGAUCUUGUCCCUAAGGCUACACCAGAGAAUUCAUGCUGGAGAAAAACCUUAUAAAUGUAACGAAUGUGGGAAUAAUUUUAGCUGUGUCUCAGCCCUUAGACGACACCAGAGAAUUCAUAAUAGAGAAACACUCUGAUUAUAACAAGUAUAGGAAAGAAAACAUGGGGUUGUCAUCAGUCCUUAUUGAAUAUUAGUGAGUUCUUUUUGGUUAGUAAUUUUUGACUGUAGUGCAUAUUUCAGUUUAUGAGUAUCCAUUAUUUGAAGUAGCUCAUUCAUAGAUGUCCAUUACUUUUUGUUUUGUUUUGUUUUGUUUUUUGAGACAGAGUCUUGCUCUGUUGCCCAGGCUGGAGUGCAGUGGUGCCGUCUUGGCUCACUGCAGCCUCCACUUCCUGGGUUCAAGCAAUCCUCCUGCCUCAGCCUCCUGAGUAGCUGGGAUUACAGGUACCCACCAUCAUACCUGGCUAAUUUUUGUAUUUUUAGUAGAGAUGGAGUUUCACCAUAUUGGUUAGGCUGGUCUCAAGCUCCUGACUUCAGGUGAUUCACCCACCUCCACCUCCCAAAGUGUGGGGUUACAGGCAUGAUUGGUCACAGGCUGGCCAAUUAUAUCCCACAACCUAGUGAUACGAGAUUGGCAGAUGGCUCUGUGUGGAUCAGUGAAGUCCUUUGGGGUUAUUGCUAUGGGUAGUAAGAGAGAUGUUUUUUCUGGAAUUGCAAGUUUAAAGGAUUUAAUAAGAUUAAAAACUCGCCAGUAGCCGUUUUGCCACUCAUGAGGAAAGCUUUCCCAAAGAGAAAUCUAACAGAGGAAAAUGGAGAUGAGGGGGAAAUCUGAUGAUACUGUUUGAUCUCCUGGAUCCAGCCAUUCUUGACAGCACCGCCAUCCUUUUUCUUUUUUUAUUUUCCAAUAAAUUUCCUUUUUUUUUUUUUUGGCUUAACUGAAUUUGGAUUAGAUUUUUGCCUCAGGAAAUUAGAGUACUGAUUCACACAUUCUGUGUUUGCUACCCAUAUGAGAAAGCCUUAAUUUUUUACAUGGCAUAGUUGUUUAUUCUGAAGAGAAAACUUACGAUAUAAUAAGUUUAUGAAAGUCAAAUAUACAGCCUCCACAAAGCUGAGACCAUUGUUAGAUUUUACUUGUCGAUAAAUUAUUUUAGUGUUUCUUAGUUUUUUUUUUGCAAUGUGGAUGAAUAUUAUAAAAUUCACCAAGUAAAAUUCUCUAACAGGCUCUCCCUUAAGGAGUUAAAAUCAUUUGUCACAGUGAGUCACCAUAUGCCUGUAAAGAGAGAAUAGAAGGCCGGGCGCGGUGGCUCACGCCUAUAAUCCCAGCGCUUUGGGAGGCCAAGGCAGGUGGAUCACGAGGUCAAGAGAUCGAGACCAUCCUGGUCAACAAGGUGAAAACCCAUCUCUACUAAAAAUGCAAAAAUUAGCCGGGCAUGGUGGUGCGCACCUGUAGUCCCAGCUACUCAGGAGGCUGAGGCAGGAGAAUUGCUUGAACCCAGAAGGCGGAGGUUGCAGUGAGCCAAGAUCGCACCAUUGCACUCCAGUCUGGGUAACAACAGCGAAACUCCAUCUCAAAAAAAAAAAAAGAGAAUGGAAAGCUAAGAGAAUAAUGGUUUCAUUUGUUUAAUGAAUGGCUCUUCAUUUUCAAGGAAGACCUUAAUUUUCUUCUUUCAGUAUGGGUCUAAACAUAUUCUGUGGCAAAAUAUAAUAAAAUCGUAAAUGAGGUCUUUUGUGGGUGGGCUCUACAUUUGGUUUAAGAACUUUAUGGAUAACUUCUUUGCAGCUGGAGAUAUCAGACAAAAAUAUCACUGGCAGAUAGAAUGACUUGUUUUUAACAAAUGGUAAAAGUAAAGCAGUUAAUGCCUAAAAUUGUUAGAGACUAAAUAAUUUCCACUCUUGGGAGUAGUGAAGGUGAAGUUGUGAGGCAAUACAUUUCUUUCUUUUCUGGAUGGAUGUAGGGAAAUAACCUGGCGACAUGGCAGCUGGGCCAUCUUGAACAGUCAGAACCAGUAAGAAUAUUGGGCGUUGCCUGAAGAACUUCUAUAAAAACAUAUCAGAACAAAUGAAUGAGGAAGGAAUGAAGGAUUUAUAUGUGUGUAUAAUUUGUUUAAUAUUCAAUUUAUACUUUAAUAAAAAUCUGAAAAUUAUUUUUCAUAAAUAUUCAAAUUCCCUUUAAACAGCUUAAAAUACAGAUUUAGUGACUCAGUACUUCAACCCUUGAACAGAAACAAUAUGAUUAUAAAAUGUUUCCAAACUGAUGUUACAUGGAAUCUAAAAUGUUACUAUUAUAAGCUUAAUUCUUGUCAUCAUUUCUUUUUUUUUUUUUUUUUUUUGAGACGGAGUUUCGCUCUUGUUACCCAGGCUGGAGUGCAAUGGCGCGAUCUCUGCUCACCGCAACCUCCGUCUCCUGGGUUCAGGCAAUUCUCCUGCCUCAGCCUCCCGAGCAGCUGGGAUUACAGGCACGCACCACCGUGCCCAGCUAAUUUUUUUGUAAUUUUAGUAGAGACGGGGUUUCACCAUGUUGACCAAGAUGGUCUUGAUCUGUUGACCUCGUGAUCCACCCACCUCGGCCUCCCAAAGUGCUGGGAUUACAGGCUUGAGCCACCGCGCCCGGCCUUGUCAUCAUUUCUUUAUUUUUAAAUUGUAUUUCCUGGAGGUAUGGGGGAUAUUUAUUUUUGUAAUUUCCAAGCACUAAGUAAUAAUUUAUUUCGGAAAGUUUCACAAGGUUACCGUAAACUUACCAAACCUGGGACCAGUAAAGAGUCUGAGUUACUCACUAAUUGAUUUUUUUUUUUUUUGAGACAGAGUCUCACUCUGUUACCCAGGCUGAAUGCAGUGACACAAUCAUGGCUAACUGCAGCCUCAACUUCCCGGGCUCAAGUGACCCUCCCACUUCAGCCUCUUGAGUAGCUGGGACUACAGGUAUGCUCCACUAUACCUGGCUAAGUUUUGUGUUUUUUUGUAGAGUUGGAGUUUCGCCAGGUUGCCCAGGCUGGUCUUGAACUCCUGGCCUGAAGUGAUUUGUCCACCUCGGCCUCAAGGACUUAGAGGUCUCCCAAAGUGCUGAGAUUACAGGGGUGAGCCACUGUGCCCAGUUACUAAUUGAUUUUUGAUCUAAGUAUGGCACCUGAUUUCAUCCUCUAGAGUGACAAAAACCUAAGCCACCGGUUCACUCACUGUUUAUACAGUUAAACUUCACUUGUAAUGUUGAUAAAAUCUUUUAUACCCAUGACUUUAACAUAAGUUUCUGUAUUUUGCAAUCUGAUGUUUCUCCUUACAAUGAGGUGCUACAUUUUGUCUCCCACUCUACAACCCAUUGUCUUGUGAUCUGUUAUCUCUUAGCAUUUGUGAAAAUCUAUGCCUUAUUAAUAUUUGAUUGUUAUUAGUACCAUCUAGAGAUUUCGGUUUGUGUGUGUGUGUGUUAUCUGAAGAUAUAUAUUUCAUUUAAAUUUUUUGUAUUAAGUGCCUAAUACGUGCCAGGCUUUGUUCUAAUCUAAGCAAUGGAGAUACAGCAGUGAACCAAACAGACAAAAAUUUCCGCCUUCAGAGAUCUAAUUUCUAAUGAGGAAGACAAUGAAAAAGAUGUAUAAGUCAAAUAUAUAAGUGAGUAAAUUCUAAGGAGAAAAAGAUGAAGGAAGUGGUGGGGAGCCAGGGAAGGCCCCUUCUGAAGUUAACUUUUGAGUGAAGACCUGAGAGAGAGAAGAUCUCUGUCUGUCUGUCUGUCUGUCUGUCUACCUACCUAGCCAUCCAUCUAUCCAAACUACAUAUACACACCUAUAGACAUGUUUAUAUGCCUUUAUAACUACAUUGGUAUAUAUACAUUUACACUUUAUACUUAUUUAUUCUCAUCUAUCAUGUCUCAUAUUUAUGUGUUACAUUUUAACACAUUUGACUCAGAUGAAUUUAUGGCCUUUUACAAUCUAGAGAAAUUUCACUUAAUUAUAAUGUAUUUAAUAUUGAUGCUUAAUUGACAGAAUUUAGCCACUGGGGAUUACUUUAAGCAAACUGUGUGCUCCCUCCAGCACAGGUAUUUUGGACAAAAUUGCUGCCAUUAUGAUCGAGUCCCUUUUAGAGAUCGCUGGGGGAAAAUGUUUCCUUUAUAGAACAUGGCUUCAUGCUGAUUUCUAGUUCUUUCUCAAUGUAUUUUGUUAUACCCUACUAAGAUUUUGAACUUUGUUCACAAAACUCAAGACAGGGAGGUAACGGAUUGGACGGUGGAGAAAAGUGGAUUCCUGGAAGCCACGAGGUGGCUACACUUCAUAACAGGAAUAAGUCACCUUCCUGGAUAGCUUUCUCACGCAGGCAUUUACACAGUAAUUCCUCACAUAUUCUACCAGAAAAAGUAGUGAAAGGAUCUGCUCUUUUCACAUUGUGACAAGUAGGGGACUUUGGAGUUACAUCUACAUAUGGAUGUCAACUCUUUUUCAGGAGAACUUGAAGUGAUUCAGGCUCAGUUUAGUUAUCUGUAAAACAAAUCAUAAUUCUAGCCUUUUGAAUUUUUGUGAGGAUUAACUGAAAGAAUGUAAUAUUUGUAAAUAGUUAACAAUGGGGUUAUUGUUAUGAUAAAAUCAAUCACAAGGAGUUGGAUUGUGUCCCUGAAAGCCAGCUACUCAUGGGAGACAGAAU